AUGUCGCAGAAUGGCGAUGGGGGUGGCCUGACGGACUCGGACGAGGAGGAGCGCCUUAGCGGGAAGGAGCUCAACGACCUGCUCAAGAUUGAGCGGCACGGAGUCAAGCUCAAGCCGGAAUUGAGGAGGGCGCUUGCCAACUACCUGGCCGAGGAGGUCAAGGUGACCGACUUCACCGAGGUGAUGGACAUGACGCUCGAGACGUGGGAACGCUCGCUCGAGGACGCGCACAAGAAGGCGCUGCCCGCGGCGUGGCUGGCAACUGCGCGGGUGUGGCGGGGCGAUGUGAUGCCCGACUCACACGGCAAGGACAAGCCGGCCGCGGACGGAGCGCGGAACGAGAAGGCGGGCGAGAAGCCGGCGGAGACCGACCCGGACGCGGGUCAGACCUACGAGAUCGCGGACAAGGCGGUCAUGUGGGAGUACCUUUCGUGCUGGCUCUCCCACUACCGCGGCCGCGGCAUCCCCGAGACCUUCGACGUGCGCAUCUAUCAGCAGAUCGUGAUGCGCGUCUCCAAGCGGAGCGACACCAACGCCGGCGAGGCCAAGGAGAAGGCGGCCAGCGCGGCCGCCAAGGCGACCCGGCACGAGUCCGAGAUCGCAGCCCUCCGCCGCGAGCUCAAGGAGCUCAAAAACGCCCGCGGCGGCGGCGAGAAGGACAAGAACAAGAAGGACAAACGCACAUGCUUCAUCUGCGGCGAGUCUGGCCACCUCGCACGCGACUGCCCGACCAAGCAGGAGGGCAACACGGCCGACAACGAGGCGUCGGAGCAGUGA